AUGCUAACCUCGAACCAGAUUAUAUGGAAAAGCCAUCAAAUGCCGCAACAUACGUAUCUUUCCAAUGGUCUGCUCAAAGUCAAUCCGAGCGGUCGUCACCCCAUAUACGAUUUGAUAGCGCGUAGUCGGGAAGACUGGAAUACAAAAGGAUCAUCACAGAGUCGUACGUUGAACGAAGCUGUCAGCGAGUAUCGAAGGCGAUAUGGACGUGCUCCUCCCAAGGCUGAAUUCUUUGGUGGUACUACCGAGCUGAUGGACGGGUGGGCCUAUGUGAAGAAGCACAACGUCCAACUGCCCGAUGAGUAUGAUCAGAUAUAUGACGACAUUGAGCCUUUCUUCGCCCUCACCGCUGAACGAAUCAAGGAAUCGGUGAAGAUUGCGAAGGCCAAGCAAGGGAUAUACACCAUCGUGUGUCAAAAGGUUGAAACGGCGACUGGGAGAUCGUCAGAGUGCUCGUACAAUCUCAAAGAAGAGGGUAUGCACUCGGAUGGACAAAGAAUACCCAGACAGCGGGCAGAGGCUCAGUUGAGCUUGUUGAAAGACGUGGAAAGUGAGCUGGAAGAGGUCGAAGCGAUCUUUUAUAGUCAUGAUGGGCCAUUUCAUAUAGUGGACGACGAACACCUCACUCAAGACAUUGUCGGUGCUUAUGGUGCUGACAAUGACCAGACGCGUGCUUCAAAGCUCGGAUGGGCUUCUGCUUGUCCCACCGACACACCUCUGCGAGUACAGUACGAUCUUUCCGUCCUCCCCACUUUGGAGCAGAUCUGGAAUGGAGAGAAGAGUUUUGUGUGGAAUCACAAAGCUACUAUGAACCCAUGUGAACAUCCCACACUGGCACAUCUUUCGGGAGCCCUCGCUGCCCAUGGAAAAGGUGUUACGGCCUCAAAGAUAUUGUUCCCGGUAUUAGCCAUGUGCAAAACCCCUCUUCAUUCCGACAUCCUCGCCGUGGCAAUGGAGGCAUGGACGGAAGACGUAGACGUUGAUCCUCCCUGGGAGGAGAAGUCCGAUGAUCGAUUGUUAUGGAGAGGAAGCACUACAGGUAUUCACUUUGGACCCAAGACUCCUUGGAACAUAUCGCAACGCAUUAAUCUUGUCUCAAAAGGGAAUCAAACCACCGGAAUGCUUGAAGUUUUCGACGUAAGAGAUGAGACCUUCCGCGUUGGUACACCAUCGACGAGAGAAAUCGCAAAGCUCAAUCACGACCUGCUGGAUGUCGCGUUCGCCGGUCGGCCGGCACAAUGCGAGCAACCUACGUGUGACGAGAUGGCUAAGAAUUAUAGAUUUGAACCCUGGCUGAGCAGGGCGGAAGGGAACAAAUACAAAUACAUCUUGGACGUAGAUGGUAAUGGCUGGUCAGCGCGCUUCAAAAGAUUGAUGACAACAAAUUCCCUAAUAUUCAAAGCGACUAUAUUUCCUGAAUGGUAUACAGCCCGAGUCCAACCUUGGGUUCAUUACGUUCCGCUCAAAGCCGAUCUUACGGACAUGUACGACGUCUUUUCGUUCUUCCGACACAACGAUCAUCUAGCCAAAGAGAUCGCCACGGCGGGGAAAAUCUGGAGUAAGACGUUUUGGAGACAUGAAGAUAUGGUAGCAUAUCAGUUUAGAUUAUUAUUAGAGUACUCACGGCUGCUCGCUUCUGAUAGAGAAAAGGCUUCGUACCAUGGGAAAGGGAGGCGCGAUCGAUCGAGUGUGAAAAGACGGGAAGGGUGA